ACGUGUCUGAUCGAAUCAAAUUACGCCACCUGUUCAUACCGUACGUAUUGGUCCUACGUCCACUCCCACAUCUCUCCUCCCUCUUUCUUCUCGUCCCCGGCCCGGAAUUCAAGCAAUCGCGAUUCGAUUCUGGCAUUCACUUGAAAGUCCUCAUCAAAACACAAACCCAUUUUUCUCUCUCUGCUAAAAAGACAGCGAUUAUGGCUAUAUUACAGGUUUCUGUUAUUGCAAUAAUAACACUCCUUGGAAUUUUAUCCUCUACAUCACAAUCCCUUCGAUUCGAGCUGCAAUCUGGGCACACCAAGUGCAUUUCAGAGGAUAUUAAAAGCAAUUCCAUGACUGUUGGCAAGUAUAGCAUCGUUAACCCCCACGAAGGCCAGCCUUUGCCGGAGUCCCACAAGCUCACCGCCAGGGUGACGUCGAGUUAUGGGAAUAGUUAUCACUAUGCGGACCAUGUGGGAUCGGGGCAGUUCGCGUUUACGGCGGCGGAGGCCGGGGAUUACAUGGUAUGUUUCUGGGCGGCAGAUCACAAGCCCGAAGUUACGUUGACUGUAGAUUUUGAUUGGAAGACUGGUGUGGCUGCUAAGGACUGGACUAAUGUUGCCAAGAAAGGCUCUAUUGAUUUGAUGGAAUUAGAGCUGAAGAAGAUGCAUGAUACGGUUAUAUCUAUUCAGGAGGAGAUGUAUUAUCUCCGUGAAAGGGAAGAAGAAAUGCAAGAGUUGAAUCGAGCUACUAGCUCAAGAAUGGGCUGGUUCAGUUUUCUUUCACUUCUUAUUUGUCUAUCAGUGGCAGGCUUGCAAGUAUGGCACCUGAAGACCUUUUUCCAGAAAAAGAAGCUCAUUUAAUUCUAAUUUUAACAGGCUAAUACAGUUUCCUCUCAUCUUUCUCUCCUUGUAUGUACAAUGCAAAAGGUUAAUUUAGAUUGGGAUUCUCACAACUUUUUCACGGUUGUUAGUCUGUUUUUCAAGAUACAUGGGCAACAGGUCAUUGUAAUUACUUCAAUAGAUACCUAGUAAUAAGUAGUAUUUACAAACAAGUUCAUACUAGGCAACUUUUGCUGUGACCCGUGGGCUAAAAGUAGCAAAUUAGCUUUAUCUGAGAUAAGUUUUAGUUGUGCA